CAAAAUUCGCGGUCCCGUUGACUCGGCGCGUCUUCCACAUGCAACCAUGCAACGUUAAAGACCACGGAUACGUACCGCCACCAUCCUUUUGCUCAGCGACACCCACCUGCUUUCAAUAUGGACUUUGCCGACUCAGACGAACCCCCAAGCAAAAGACGCCGCUUCUUUUCCGGCGCACAACCUCAAGAAGAACAUGCGACUCAAUAUGCGAACCUCUCGUCCCUACCACCAAAUGACUUCCCGAAAACUGCUGCUACUUCCGACAUGAAUCCCGCCGUGAUAGCUUUUGACCAACCUACCUUCGAGAGCUUCGUUGGCGAGACCGUCAGCCCCGACAUCAUCGCCAUCCUCAAAGAACAUUGUGGGGACAAUGUCGAGAGGGCAAUCAACCUCUAUCUUGACGGCACCUGGAGGACCCUGAAAAGGAAGGCCCCGCCAACUGCCACGAUGCGACCCGGCCCCACGUCCCCCACACAAAGCAACAGAGCCAGUCCGAAGGUACCUCACCAAGCGCCAGCCACAUUCCACUCGAUGCCUGAAUCACGCUAUAUCGGCGCCUUUGGUGCCGAAGGCUGGGCAACACGAAGUGGCGCUGGUCUUGUGAAGCAUGGAGAUAUCGUCAUGAUUGAACGUCAUAAGAUCCAGCCUCCCAAGAACAAAGUACAAUCCAAGCUCACGGCCGCUACUGCGAGGAGGAACGAUGUGAUUGUCCGCUUCUCUGAUAGGACUGGUCGAGAGAUCGGCCGUCUGGCAAAAGAAACCGCUGAUUGGGUCUCAACUUUGAUAGACCAAAAGAUAUGCAAAUUCGAGGGCAUAUGUGUAUAUGCUCCUGACCGGCUUCGGACAAACGACACUGUUUAUCUCCAGCUCAGAUGUUCGCUCUUGCGGUCUUGUUUUCUUGGAAGGGGGUUCCAAGUCGCCGAUAACAGAGAUGCCAGUCCGUUCGAUCAAGGCGAGUCGACAGAGGAAAGGAGUUUGCGGCUGCGGCAGGUAGCUCUCGUCAGGCUCUUCCAGGAGAUCAACCUGGUCCCAACCCGAGCAAAUUCUGCCGCCGCCAAACAUCGACGUCAAGAACUACUUCAGGCGGCCGAAAUGGAGGAUAAGAAAGAAAAGGAAAAACCAACAACCCGGUCAGAGUCUCAGGAAAAUCCAUCCUCUUCUCCGAACUCUGACGAGAACGAAGAUGGGCAAGAACUUGAGCAAGACCAGCUUGAUGCGCUCUACAAGAAAGCCCAGUCAUUCGACUUCAAUACGCCCGAGGCCGAGCCAGCUGAUACCUUUGCCAUGACUCUUCGUACCUAUCAAAAACAGUCUCUGUAUUGGAUGAUGGCGAAGGAAAAGGACCAGCAAAACAAGGAGCGUGAGGAGUCUAUGCAUCCUCUUUGGGAAGAGUACACCUGGCCUCUGAAGGACUACGAUGAUAAGGACCUGCCCCAGGUCCCCGAUCAACCUGCAUUUUAUAUCAACCCAUACUCGGGAGAUUUAUCUUUAGAAUUCCCGCGUCAAGAACAGCACUGUCUGGGGGGUAUUCUGGCUGAUGAAAUGGGGUUGGGAAAAACGAUCCAAAUGCUCAGCCUGAUUCAUUCGCAUAGGUCCGAUGUGGCAGUGAAAGCACGGCAGUCUCCUCCUCACCCAGUUGGCUUUGUUAAUCAACUUCCCCGUCUGUCCGUCGUCAAUGGCGCAAGUAUCGCAGCCAACGCCCCAUGUACGACCCUGGUUGUCGCGCCAAUGUCCCUGCUGGCCCAGUGGCAGAGUGAAGCCGAGAAGGCUUCAAAGGAGGGCACCCUGAAGUCCAUGGUCUACUAUGGAGCCGAGAAAAAUGCUGAUCUCUUGACCUUAUGCUCUGAAGCCAACGCCGAAAAUGCUCCGGAUCUAAUCAUCACCAGCUAUGGUGUGGUGUUGUCGGAAUUCACUCAGAUUGCAUCAAAAGGUGGUGACAGGGCAACCACUCGUGGUCUCUUUUCACUCAACUUCUUCCGGGUUAUCUUGGACGAGGCACACAAUAUCAAGAAUCGACAGGCCAAGACUUCAAGAGCUUGUUAUGAAAUUACGGCGGAGCACAGAUGGGCGCUGACGGGCACCCCGAUUGUGAACAAGCUAGAGGACCUAUUCAGCCUCGUCCGGUUUCUGCGGGUGGAGCCCUGGAAUAACUUUUCUUUUUGGCGUACGUUCAUCACGGUGCCAUUUGAAUCCACAGAUUUUGUGCGGGCCUUGGAUGUUGUCCAGACGGUCUUAGAACCCUUGGUGAUGAGGCGGACGAAGGACAUGAAGACUCCCGACGGUUUACCACUGGUUCCACUUCCGCCGAAACACGUCGAAAUUGUCGACAUCGAGCUUUCCAAGGCUGAGCGCGACGUGUACGAGUAUGUCUUCACCAGCGCCAAGCGCACAUUCAAUGCCAAUGUGGAGGCAGGCACUGUGAUGAAGGCUUUUACCAGCAUCUUUGCCCAGAUUUUACGUCUUAGACAAUCCUGUUGUCACCCUGUCCUCGUUCGCCAUCUCAGUGCCAAUGCAGAUGACGAAGAAGCUGCUGCCGCUGCAGACGCGGCUGUCGGAUUGGCAGACGAUAUGGAUCUCCAGGCCCUCAUCGAACGCUUUACAGCGACGACAGAUGAUGCCGCCGACUCCAACGCUUUCGGCGCCCAUGUGCUGAACCAGAUCCGAGACGAGGCGUCCAACGAGUGUCCCAUUUGCGCCGAAGAACCGAUCAUUGACCAAACCGUAACUGGGUGUUGGCAUUCCGCUUGCAAAAAGUGCUUGCUUGACUAUAUUCAGUAUCAAACAGACAAGAACGAGUUGCCAAAGUGUUUCCAGUGUCGUGAGCCUAUCAACAACCGAGAUUUAUUCGAAGUUGUCCGUCAUGAUGAUGAUCUCGAUGAUGGAAGGCCUGGUGAUGGGUCGCGUGUUACGCUGCAGCGCCUCGGGGUCAACAACUCUUCUGCAAAGAUUGUAACACUCAUCAAGAAACUACGUGGGCUGCGGAAGGGACACCCUACAAUUAAGUCCGUCGUCUUCAGUCAGUUCACGUCGUUUCUUUCUCUCAUCGAACCAGCUCUCACCCAAGCCAACAUGCAUUUCGUGCGACUGGAUGGUUCAAUGAGCCAAAAGGCCCGGGCCGCUGUACUCGAGGAGUUCAAAGAGUCCAAACGAUUUACCGUGCUCUUGCUCAGUCUUAAGGCAGGCGGGGUUGGACUGAACCUUACCAUGGCAAAAAGGGUGUUUAUGAUGGACCCUUGGUGGAGUUACGCAAUCGAGGCGCAAGCUAUCGACAGAGUACACCGGAUGGGUCAAGAGGACGAGGUCAAGAUUUACCGCUUCAUUGCAAAGGGCAGCGUGGAGGAGAGGAUGCUCAAGAUACAAGAAAGGAAAAAGUUCAUUGCCUCGUCCCUUGGAAUGAUGUCAGACGAGGAAAAAAGGGUCCAGAGGAUUGAAGACAUCAGGGAGCUUCUUAGCUAGUCUUGAUUGGAGGCUUAUCUAUCCUAUACAUUUUGGGCCCACGGCGCCUGUAGCUUUGUCGGUUUUGGCACACAGCUGCAUCAAAGUGGCGUUGGGAACAGUAAUAAUAUCCGGUGUUCCAUUAUCUCACUCCCUGUUGUUGCUCGACUAAUUCAGGGGCAUGACACCUACGGCGCGGAACUUCCAAGAAUGCUGCCGGAUUGAUCAUGAACCAGGUCGUCACGACUCUCAUCUCAAGC